UGGUUGCGUCCAUCGUAGGGGGGAACUGGAACUUGAUACGUUGUUGCAGUAAAUCAGACAGAGCUACAGUAACAGCGUUGAAAUUGGUCACCCUGUUGCAAGUAUUUUUGGCCAGUGAUACAAGCGAGAGAUAUCACUGCCGUCUCCCAUUUGGGGAAGAGUUGAGUUGCUGAGCGAGGAACCACGUCGGGUCGUUUUCGGGAACAGUUUCUGACAGAUUCGACACCUAUUUGACUGGAAAUGUCUGAAAACAUACCGAAUGAUGAUCCGAAGUUAUCCACGACGGACAGAGUGGUUAAAUCUGUCCCAUUUCCCCCUAGCCACCGGCUGACUGUGAAGGAGGUAUUUGACAGCGAGGGCAAACCCAAAGUAGAUGUCCUGAAGGCCCACCUCACCAAAGAGGGGCGCGUGGAGGAGAGCGUGGCACUACGAUUAAUCAGCGAUGGGGCUGCCAUCCUCCGUUCAGAGAAGAACCUCUUGGACAUAGAUGCCCCAGUCACAGUGUGUGGAGACAUCCAUGGGCAGUUCUUUGACUUGAUGAAGCUCUUUGAAGUAGGAGGGUCUCCAGCCAGCACACGGUACCUUUUCCUGGGUGAUUAUGUCGACAGAGGAUAUUUCAGUAUUGAAUGUGUGCUGUACCUAUGGGCCUUAAAAAUCCUUUACCCCAAAACGCUGUUUUUGCUCCGCGGGAACCACGAAUGUAGACACUUAACAGAGUAUUUCACUUUUAAACAGGAAUGUAGAAUUAAGUAUUCGGAGCGGGUGUAUGAUGCGUGUAUGGAUGCCUUUGACUGCCUUCCUCUGGCAGCGCUCAUGAACCAGCAGUUCCUGUGUGUUCAUGGAGGAUUGUCGCCUGAAAUCACAAACCUUGACGACAUCAGGAAAUUAGACCGAUUUAAAGAGCCUCCCGCAUAUGGGCCAAUGUGCGACUUGCUUUGGUCGGACCCACUGGAGGACUUUGGCAACGAGAAGACCCAGGAACAUUUCACACACAACACAGUGAGAGGCUGCUCCUAUUUCUACAGUUAUCCUGCUGUGUGUGAUUUUCUACAACACAACAACUUAUUAUCUGUCAUUCGAGCCCAUGAAGCACAGGAUGCGGGGUAUCGCAUGUACAGAAAGAGUCAAACUACGGGCUUCCCUUCGCUGAUCACUAUCUUCUCAGCUCCCAACUACUUAGAUGUCUACAAUAACAAAGCUGCUGUGCUGAAAUAUGAGAAUAAUGUCAUGAACAUUCGUCAGUUUAACUGCUCUCCUCAUCCCUACUGGCUGCCUAACUUCAUGGACGUCUUCACUUGGUCUUUGCCCUUCGUUGGGGAGAAAGUCACUGAGAUGCUGGUGAAUGUUUUGAGCAUCUGCUCCAAUGAUGAGCUGACCACUGAUGAGGAGAUAGAUGGACAGCUAAUAUAUGGGCCCAAGAAAGGAGCCACAGCUUCUGCUCGUAAGGAGGUGAUCCGAAAUAAGAUCCGUGCCAUUGGAAAGAUGGCUCGAGUUUUCUCAGUUCUUCGGGAGGAGAGUGAGAGCGUUUUGACUCUGAAGGGUCUCACUCCAACCGGCAUGCUGCCCAGUGGAGUUCUGUCUGGAGGCAAGGAAAAACUACAGAAUGCAACUAUUGAGGCUAUAGAGGCUGAUAAAGCAAUCAAAGGCUUCUCACCCCAGCACAAGAUCAGCAGCUUUGCAGAGGCUAAAGGUCUGGACCGCAUCAACGAGCGAAUGCCCCCUCGCCGAGACACCAUGUCCUGUGACACAAGCCUCAACUCUCUCAAUAAGGCGCUGUCGUCCGAGACCAAUGGCACCGAGGGCAAGGCUAGCAGCGGGAGUGGCAACAUCCAGUGAUCCUUCAUUGCUCCAGCAUGUUCAUCGCAUGAUUGCAGUGAUUAAGCCCCUCCCUCUCUUUUUCCAUGCCAUAGCUGAUGGAGGGAAAGGAAGGAUUUGGAGUGUAGAGUAAGAGGAAAGAAGAAAGGGAAAAGGACAGGAGAGAUAAAGGAAAGGAGAGCAGCAUUUCAAACAUAAUUCAGAGUGACACUCACUAGUCUUUGGAUAUGCCUUUCAAAAUAUAUAAAUUCUGUUUUGUUUUGUUUUUUGCUUGUAGAAACCAUGACAAGUUCUUGCCGGUUCACUCGUUUCUGAAUGAUUUGGGGAUGAUCUUGGUUUUGGCGUAGGGAAUUAUAGCAGGUGACUGAGAAAUCAUAUGUGAAAAGGCCUUUACUUACUGGAUAUAAGAUUUUAGUGUGUGUGUGCGCGUGUGUGUGUGUCUUACUAAUGUAUGUUUACAAAAAUACAGCACUAAAAAUGGACAGAACGUAAAAAAAAGUUUUUAACAAAAAAAGGGUGUACAAACUAAGUAAGGACUAUUUAUUGAUACCUUUUUUGCUACUCUUAUAAACUAGUUUUAGAGUAAAUUAGGCAGUCUUAAAAGAGUGUUGCUACAUUGUUAUAAUGCCAAAAAUGGAAAGUUUUAUGGUUUUGUACAGAUUAUGCUUACCUCAGGUUUCUUUGGUGUGUGUGCUUGGAUCCUACUUUCUGUAUAAUUGCAAGCUAGCUUGAUGAAUAUGGAUUUUCUUGGAGUUCAAAACUGGAAUUUACUUUUAUCAUUUGCAUACAUGUCUUUUGAUUUAUCUGGGCAGGGUGGGGUAAGAAUUAUCGUGGCUUGCUGGAAAUUCUGUGAGUGUUUUGUCUCUUCAAAUAUUUCGAACAAACAAAAAAUGCUAUAUAAAGCACCUAUAUUCUGUAAAACAAAAAAAGAGAGAGAGAGAGAGAGAACCAGAAAGAAAUUGUGAUUUAUUGAAAGCAUCUGCCUAUGCAUGUUUUAUAAGAUUUAACUAAGAAUAUUGAAUUGGCUGCCAAGGCCUGUUUUUACCUGUAGUGUGCUUAGUGGGCAAAUCCUGGAAAUGUAACACCAUUCUAUGCUAUAACACUUGGAAAAGCUUAAAGCCUUUAACUGGUUUUGUAAUCACAGCAUCUACUAUUAAUAUUGGAAGAUGAUGAUGAGUAAUCAUCUUUUCAAACAAACUUGUUUGUAAGUACACCAGUAGUCCGAUUUAGCAUGUUUAGGUGUUCAUGUGAAAUAGGUUUGUGGUUCUCUAAUGUCAAACUCAAAAUGCAUGAUAGCUGUUAGUGUCAUACAAGGUUUAGAUUUCUUUUUUCUUUUUGUAAAGGUGCCAUAGACAAAAAGUAUAUUUGCAUAUUAUUAUUAUUAAUUAUUAUGGUUAAUUCUGCUUUGUUUAUUAUUGCGAAAAACUCUACGAAAAACAAACUCCAUCGAUGUUUUUUUUUUAACUGCUUAAGUGCCCAAGUAAUUCUCUACACAAAAUAAAGCCUUGCUUUUAUAAUUUCCAAACUGUUGGCAGAUGACGCAUGCACUUGCAACUAUGAAAAGGUAUUUUAUAGGACUGUUCAAUAAAAAUGUGC